UUUGGAAAAAUUGUUCGACAAAUUACUGAUGAUGCCAAUGAACAGCCAAUUAAUUUGCGUGUUUGUGAAACGGAAUCAGAUUUCCAUGACAAUUUGGAAUAAGUUGUCCUUUUCUCUACAUGGCGAUUAUAUUUGAACAGUAUUUUCAGGUAUUUUCGGCACCUUCUACCAUUCAUCCAUUUUGAUUUCAAUUGGUUUGGUCGGCGGGUGGUGAAUAUUGGAAGCCAUAUUAAAUGCGCAGGGGGACUAUACACGGUUGAUGUGCACUGAGGUGGAUUAAUUUUCGUACAAAAUUAAUGUAUACCUGCUACUAACAGAACGUCAGCAACUAUUUGUUGAUCAGUGGGCCGGCCGCGGCGGGACGCAGUGAGGUGGCGGAGGCCCGGUGACGCUGCCAGCUGAGCGGCACUGCCCCUCUCCUGAGGUGCUGGUGGUCUGAGAGGUCGGGCGGACCGACGAGCUCCGCCGGCCGCCUGCCAUGCUGCUCUGGCGGCUGACCAUCCGCGGCGGCCCGCUGUGCCGGCGGGCGCGCCUGACCUGGCCAGCGCCCCACACAGGUCUGCUUGCCAGCCCUCCCCUAGUCCGUGGCUGCUUUCACCCAGGAGCCUCGACGCUCUCGCAAGAGAGCCUCGGUCCUCUGCAGGGACCGGAUGUCUCCUCCUCACAAAUGGUCAAAACUAUGCUCGGAUACGUCUGGCCGAAGGACGACAAGGAGAGCCGGCGCCGAGUGGUGGCCGCCGUCGGUCUACUAGCCGGCGCCAAACUGCUAAACGUCCAGGUGCCGUUCAUAUUCAAAUCGCUGGUGGACUACCUGAACACGCACACGGGAGAGAUGCUGACGCUGGCCGAGCCGGUCAGCACAGUGACCACCUACGCCACGGCGCUGGUGAUCGGAUACGGUCUGGCGCGCGCCGGAGCGGCCGCCGGUAACGAGCUGCGUAACGCCGUGUUUGCCACCGUGGCGCAGCGCUCCAUCAGGAAGGUGGCCAAGAACGUGUUCCUGCACCUGCACGAGCUCGACCUGAGCUUCCACCUGAGCCGGCAGACGGGAGCGCUCUCCAAGGCGAUCGACCGAGGCAGCCGGGGCAUCAACUUCGCCCUCUCGGCGCUGGUGUUUAACGUGGUGCCCACCAUUUUCGAAGUCAGUCUCGUCAGCGGCAUACUGUGGUACAGCUGCGGGCCGGCGUUUGCCGGUGUGACGCUGUCGUGUAUCGCUGCGUACACGGCUCUCACUCUGGGAAUCACCCAGUGGCGCACCAAGUUCCGAGUUCAGAUGAACAAAGCCGACAACGAGGCCGGCAACAAGGCCGUCGACUCGCUCAUCAAUUACGAGACCGUUAAGUACUUCAACAACGAGAAGUACGAGGCAGACCAGUACGACGCCGUACUGGCCAAGUACGAGCACGCCUCGCUCAAGACAACCACUUCUCUGGCGCUGCUCAACUUCUCGCAGAACGCCAUCUUCAGCACAGCGCUGGCAGCCAUCAUGGUGCUGGCGAGUCGAGAGAUCGUUAACGGUAACAUGUCGGUGGGUGACCUGGUGAUGGUGAACGGCCUGCUCUUCCAACUCUCCAUCCCGCUGAACUUCCUCGGCUCGGUAUACAGGGAGAUCCGCCAGGCUCUGAUCGACAUGAAGGCCAUGUUCACACUGCUCAACGUGCAGCCCAAAGUCCAGAACAAGCUGCAGGCCCCGGCUUUGUCUGUCACUCCGGAGACGGCGUCGAUCGCGUUCGACAACGUGUCGUUCCGCUACCUGAACGACCAGUCGAUCCUGCGGGACCUGAGCUUCAGCGUGGAGCCGGGACACAAGGUGGCGCUGGUCGGCGGAUCCGGAUCCGGGAAGUCGACCGUGAUCCGCCUUCUGUACCGGUUCUUCGAGCCCCGCUCUGGAUCGAUCUCCAUCAACGGCCAGAAUAUUCAGGACGUGGAUCUCGAGUCACUGCGGAAAUCCAUCGCUGUCGUACCGCAGGACUCUGUGCUGUUCCACGACACCAUCUACCACAACCUGGCGUACGGAGACCUGAGCCGGCCCAAGGAAGACGUGUACGAGGCUGCUAAAAUGGCCGACCUACACGACUCCAUCCUCAACUGGCCCAACGGAUACGACACGCAAGUAGGAGAGCGUGGUCUGAAACUCUCCGGAGGCGAGAAGCAGCGGGUGGCCAUCGCUCGCGCCAUCCUGAAGGACUCGCCGAUCCUCAUCUUUGAUGAGGCCACGUCAUCUCUGGACUCCAUCACAGAAGGGAACAUAAUGGACGCGCUGCGGCGGGCCACCAAGGGACGCACCUCCAUCUGCAUCGCUCACCGUCUCUCCACUGUGCUCGACGCCGACCAGAUCCUGGUGCUGGGCGAGGGCCGGGUCGUCGAGCGCGGGACGCAUGCCGAGCUGCUGCGCAACCCCGACGGUCUCUACACGCGCCUCUGGCAGUCGCAGUACUACAACGGCGAGGCAUGACAGCGCCACGGGCGGCUCUAGGAAAAUGUGGACUGGAGGCGCUGGAAUCGAGCUUCUCGGACAGAGCUGUGGCGGUGGACGGCAGAGUUGAGGUGAGGAGAAGCGGGGAGUGAUGUGUGCUGGCAGCGGUGGAGUCGGCUAUUGCUAGCAACGGGUGACGAGCUAGAAAUCAGGUGGCGAGAUAGCGUUAGUAUUAUGAUGAUUUGACGUCAGGUGGUUGUUAGGAAGUCAGGCGAAUAUGUGAUAUGGCCAGCCAAGCUCUGCUGAAGAGUUCAAGGCAAUAUAUGACUGUUAGGUGGACAGGUUACUGAAUUAUUUACGUCAGUCUGGCCAGUGGUGGCAGUGGUGCUUCCUUAUCCCUGUAUGCCGUUUUAUUGGAUGAUCUACUUUGUCUGUUAAUUUAACAGCAGUCUGUCUUAUGUCGUGGUCGUGUAUUAUCUAACAUUAUCUUAUCACAGUUCAAAAAUUUUGGCUUACCCUACCCUUCAGAGUCGUACCGUUAACAUAUAGAAGCAAAUUAAAAAUUGUGUAUUUUAUGCCGAUUUUGUGAUGAGCUUUUGCCACUUUCAUUCUCUUGAGGUCAGGAAGGGAAUGCGUGUCACCAGUCUGAUAAAUUAUGUGGCAUGUGCCACGAACUAAUCUAAUGGGCCCCGCUGAACAUAUCUACUGGACGAGACUGACAAGUAAUUCGGACGACAAUCAUUACCAGCAUCAAAAUGGUCGGGCCUGCAGUAAUUGUCCGGAGCACAGAACCCAUGUCUGAAAAAUACAUCUGAGCUAUUGCUGAGAUGCAUACGAGCUCAAUAUCCGUACCACAGCUAAGCAGUCAUCGCUAUUAUCUAUAGCUGUCAUUCGCCAUCGUUUCAGCUAAGUUUUAUCCAUAGCUGCAGUCACAUAUUGAACGUUAUUGAAACGCGGUAUGAACUUGAAGGGUUGACUCAAGUACCUAUUCUAAUGAGUGCAGGAUGUAGUUUUGUGGAGAAGGCACUGAAAUCAACGACCUCUGAGCUAAUUGGCAUUAAUCUCCGGCUAAUGUCCGAUCUUGCGUUGUCUCUUCACUCGGUUGAUAUGCCACUUGGUCUUCACAUUUCCUCGAAUGUGUGACUUUUGACCUUUGCUUAUCGAAACGAUUUCGGAACACCUCUCGAUCUUCUGUCGAAGAAGGGUGUAGCGACCUACCUGCCGCCCAGAUAUGCGUGAAUGUUCGUGGAAUUUAGUCAAACAUUGAGAACAAAGGUUUCAGCGUGCGAAGGCGUGUGUAGUGCGGACAUCCCUGGACACUGUGCAGUUCAGUGGCAGUGGAUUUCACUAAUUGUACAAAUAGAUGCGGGAUGUUGUUUGUCACAUUGAUGAUAAUAUAUUACCCGACUUUUAAA